AUGAGUAACAAUGGCUACGCCCAUGACGAAAUUGAUUGCACCAGUGCAUCUAUGAAACCUGAUUAUCCUUGCGUUAAUAGCUUGUAUUGGAAUUCGUCUAACGCCUUUGCUGCAAAUAGUUCUGGAACGAAUACGUAUAUAUUAUCUUUUCUCAAAACAUUUGUUAAUGUUGAAAAAAUUCAAAUCAAAGAUGGAGAUCGUCUAACUUUUUUGAGUAGUUCAGUAAUUGAUUCAUCACUUGAUGGAUCUAAUUACAAAUUUAUUAUGGAAACAAAUGAUCCAUUUUGUGAUAGAAGUGAACAUGCUCCGGCCUGCGAUUGCGAUACUGAAACAAUUAGAGAAUAUAAAUUUCCCCAACCUGUCACAUUGAAGCAUCUUCGAAUUUCUGGGAAAGGAUUAACUUCAUGCGGUAGCACUGAACUUUCCUUUUAUGCUAUUGAAAUUUUUGGAACUUUUUCAUCAUAUUGUAAUUGUAUAUCAAUCAGAUACACACAAUGUUCAUAUUUUAUCUCAUUCACUCUUAUACUCAUUUCACCAUGA